AUGAUUAAUAAGAUUAUCAUUAAAGAGAAUGGUAAAGAGAAUGGUAAUAAGCAUAGUAGUAAUGAAAAUAGUGAAAAUAAGGAUAAUAAUCAUAAUAAGGAUAAUAAUCAUAAUAAUCAUAAAAUUUCAUCUCAAAUCGCUCUUAUUAAUACCGCAAUUGAUGAUACAGCAAAUUCAGUAAAUUUGUCAUCAUUAGGUAAAUUCUUUUUAGCAUCAUUUUUUGACAUGCCAUUUUCAAAGGUAUUGAAUAAAGUUAAUGAAAUUGUUUCAAGAGAUUACACGACGCAAGGAGCAGAUGAAUUGUUGGAAGCAUUGUAUAAUGAAUUAGGAGUUGAAAGAGAAUUUGGUACAGAAAUCCUAACAAACUGUUGUGGUGAUUUGAGUUUAAUCCCUAAAUAUAUCAAAUAUGUUUUAGUUACAGGAAUUAAUCCACCAGAAAAUGUUUCUGGAAUUUGGACAAGAGAAGAUGAUGAAAGGCUUCGAAGGGUUGAAGAAUAUGAAAUAAAUAACUCUAUUAAUACUAUUAAUAAUACUAUUAAUAAUGGGAAUGAUAACACAAUAAAUUGUAUAGAUAUGGAUAGAUUAUUGAAAAAACAUGGACAUGAGCGAAUUGAAUUGAGAAAGAACUUUAUGAAUAAUAUUUAA